CGAGAGCAAUCACCCAUAUUGAGCUUCGAUGAGGUGACUCAGAUGGGUUCUCAAUGGGGGUCUUGAGGGUCCCGGAUGGCACCGCGAGGGCAUCAGCCGAGAUUUUUCACUGGGGACUGAGCUGAUGAACAGACUCAACACCAUAGCGACACCGGAGGUGGGCAGUGGGCUGUUGCUCGCCUCUGUUUUCCGUUACCUACCGUGCAAUUCUGCACGGUUCUGCCCGCUUGCUGGAGCUUUCGGAGUGCCCCAAGUGUCCCCUCUCCCCGCAAGACGAAAGGUUGUGCUGCACAAAGGGUGUUCGACCCCCGUGCCCUCCGCCCUCCGUGGUGUGAGGCCUGUUCGACAGUGGUCUGCUUACAAGUCGAGCAUCGUAAAUUCACUUCUUGAUGGGAUUUUAUUGCUGGCAUUCUGUUUGACCCAGUGACCACCCCGCUCAUGAAUGGUCAAUGGGUGAUAUUCGUGAUCAAGGUCGAGUCUGGGGAGGGGGCUACAAGCGAGUUGAUGCACUCCCUGUUGGUCUCUUGCUCAUGCUGUGUUAUGCUGCUUCAUGGUGCUUCUGCUGUAAGCUGCUGCUAUGUACUGCGGCGUAGUGCAAUCUAUUUGGCGGUGGUAUGGUUCCCAAUGCUUCAAAAUGGACUCUAACACAGCGGCCCACAGGAAUGGGACGGACUGUGAAGGUGCUCGCCCCUUGGGAAUGGCUGGCCCAGGAGAAUAGAGGCCUCAGGCAGGAACCCAACAGCUGUGCGCCCGCAAGAGCAACGCAAUGAGUUUAGUGCUGCUGCUCUAAGCCUGUAAAGGCAUAGCAGUCUCAAUGCCCCCCUCCCCCACAUCCCUGCUGCCGUCUCCCAUCUCCAUUUCUCUCCACUUUAGCUGCUUCACUUCACUUCACAUCUUUCUCCACCUGAAGCACGCAAAAUAACCACUAACAUUGACAACGUGCUCUUUGAGUUCUGCUCUCCUUUCAGGGUCAAUCAAUCUAGCCUUGCCAAUCUCAACAACUUAGCAGAUCGUUAGCAAUGGCUAGUCCCUGUCGUGACUCCGGAACAGGAGGGUUUAAGAUAUCGAUGCUCGAAUGCGUUGCACAGUGGGCGAAUAGUAUGAAAGCACAGACACGGCAUAUAGAUUCAAUUCAUACAAACUCGAACUUUCUGCGCCGUUCAGUUAAUGCUGCAGUUCAUAACCAGACACUACUUCAUAUACAUCACACAAUAAACCACAUGACUAGGAUCUUCCUGACGACAUAGAGAGCAGCCAAAGCAACCUCGACCAAGAACUAAGCAGACGCGCAAUCGAACUUUGUGAGACGCUCGAUCGUACAGGAAGUGAGAGUGACGCCAUCUAGUAACGAAUUGCAUGUUGAUGCUUUCGAAGACUGCGCC